UUUCAGACGCUUUUGUUUACGAAAUACACCAAAGUCAAUAUACUAAAUGAGAUUGGUAUUCACUUCCUGGGAAACUGGAUGUAAGGAAAUUUACACGAAAGGAUGGAAAAUACUUGCAGAUUCAAUAGUUUCAACUUCAAGAGACGUCGUGAUUUAUCACGGUGACAUUCUUGCUUUAGAGGAUGGCACUGUGUACAUAUAUACGCCAUCUGGCACCAAGAAGCCAUAUCUAACCGAAACUUCGUUUUCUUCAUCUCGUUUCAUCUCAUUCCAUGCUGCUUAUGGAAAAUUGUUUUUGGUAAGUGAAGAAGGUCGUCUCUUUGGUUGUGGGCAUACUAAUUACGGUGAAUGUGGUGUGAUUUCUCCAGAUCCCAUUAAGUCGUUACGUGAAAUUGAACUAGUCGCACCACUGGCUAUUUGCCCUCAUGGAUCUUCGGUUACUAUUACAGAGUCACUGAAAGUGAGGCUUGUUCAAGCAUCUGCAUCGGAGGUUUGCGUUAUUGAUUUUCAUGGUCAAUUAUGGAACUAUGGUGGUGGAAAAUUAGAAUUUGAUUCACUGGGGCGCGUUCAAGUGCGAUCUUUACAACUUGCAUCAAGACGCAAAGUUUUGCAACUCUGUGCCGGAAGAAAACAUUUUGUCUGCUUGGCGGUUCCUUUGAUUGAUGGAAAAAAAGAUACCGAUGUUGAAAAUUCACCAACUUUGGGGAUUCAGAGAUCAAACAAAUGUGAAAAAUGUCGGGAAGAGUACGAACUACGGCUGAGUACGUUAAUGUAUAUGGCUGACCAGGAAAAUGAAUUACCAAUUUCAUUUGUAAGCUGUGGAAAAGAAUUGCCUAUGAAAGCAAGUUUUACCAUCCAAAAUGCAUGUUUACUUCUGGAUACAGAUAACAGUCAUAGCGAACACCAAACACUUCCACGGUGUAGUUCGUCACGUCCAACUAGUGUAAAACCGUCGAAAAGAACUUCAUUUGUUGAAUAUGAAAUGACAGAAAUGAAAAAUGUUAACAUUUGGGAUGGACUUGGAAAAAACUCAACAUUCGUUUCAAUAGAGAAUCUACCUGAUAUGUAUUAUAUGCAGAAUACGAAUACAAAAGACCUACCAAAUUAUAUUGUCCACAAUGUAAGCCCUUCAAAGUUAGAUGGAAGAGUUUCACUUAUCGAGUCACAGGAUGAUCCGAACUUAUUGCCAGAAAUUUGGACAUGGGGCGCUAAUGAAAAUGGCCAGCUGGGACAUGGUGAUUUAGCAAUGAGGAGGGUGCCAUUUAAAAUAGUCGAUUCAUCCAGCAUGUAUUGUAUCAAAGUAGCGGCAGGAGAUGACCAUACUAUAGCACUCACGGGAACUGGCAAGUUAUAUGUAUGGGGAUCAAACAGUGAUGGACAGUUAAAACAAGCAAACCUGUCACAUGUAACGAAGCCAACGCUUUUUAAAGUUGGAAACCAUUCUUUCGUUUUGGAUGCAUUCGCAAGCGGUUCUCAGACAGGUAUUAUUGUUGGUGGUGCGGCAAAUUUUGCCACGCUUUAUCUUUGCGGAAGUAACACUACGGAGAAAUCGCCGCAGUCGCUAUCACUACCAAAAGAGAUUGGCUGGCCGGGUUGGAUUUUGAUUGCAGAUAAGAAUCUUGCAGUUGGAGUACAUGAAUCAAUAAGUGAAAUUGAUGAACAUCUUCUACGAGUGUUCAUUUUCUUUCGUUAUACGGAAUUUGUGCAGCGGAUCAGCCAGAUGUGUCAAAAAAUGCAUGAAAGAAGUUACACCGUGAACAAUUCGCCGUUGUCGAAACUACUAAAUAAGUUAACUUUAUCAUCGGUAAGAUAUUCGACACAAAUGUUCAGAUUGAUGAAAAUGGUACGUGACAAUCUUUGUGAAACAGGCCGUCUAUCGAUUGGGAAGCUCUUGAAAACUCACAUAAAGAAAUACUUCAUGAAUGCUCUUUUCCAAUUUCAUGCUGAUUUUGUAGAGUGUCUUGCCUAUGGAUGUUUCACUGAGUUGGAUAUUGGUGAAGAACUGGAUGAGGAAGUAAACAAAAUGUGCUUAUACUAUGAUAUUGGUGGAAAUAAUCAGGGGAUUCGUUUGCGGCAAUUGUUUCAACUGGUAUUCAAUUAUCCGUGCAAACUUGUCGAUCUCAAAGCGGCUGGAAUUGAUAACAACUUAGAGGUAUCCGGAAGUACUCAAAACAUAUUGCCGAGCAGAGACGAUAUUUUCUUAGCGGAAUGGAAGAGCUAUUGGAUAUCUGUUAAAUAUCAACUGGAUCAUCUGGGCACCAUCGCUGAUAAUACUUAUCAUUUCUGGAAGUGUGCACCUACACAUGCACGAUCGCUUAAACAAGCGGCUCGUUUAUUGUUGUGGAAGGCGGAAAAUAAACAGCUAGAAACAGCAGGUGUGAUAAAUGUGUAUGGGAAUUCAACAUGGACUACAGUGAGACGUGGUUGGCUUACGGUCGCUGUUUUCAAUGACGCUGUUGCAGUUAUUGAGAGACAAGAAGUUAUUGUGCUGAACUUUCCACUAGUCUGGAUAGAAGUAAACGAGGAGGAAGGUAACGAAUGUCUGGUACGGGUAUUUGGUCCAGAAAACAAAUUUCACAUUCGAUUUACAAACAUUGAAUGCAAGAAUGUAUUUCUGCAUGCCAUGCGACAAUGGAAACAUUUCGAUCAACGAUAUACAACAGAUGACAUUUUGAAACGAUGUGCUACCGAAUUACCCGAACGGCGACGUGGUUACUAUAAAUUUUCAUCUCAUCAUCCAGAUUUCGGAAAUUGCACUUAUGAUGGUUAUUGGUUAUAUGGUAAACCCCAUGGAAGAGGGCAUCUCGUGCAUAUGGACAAAUGGGAAUACCGAGGACACUUUGCUGAUGGACGUUUAGAAGGGUUUGGAAAAAUGUCAAUAGUUAUAGGUGGAAAUUCCCAUAAGGUCAACACAUAUUUUGGAGCUAAAGAAGAAGGAACGUCGGAAGUUGAUAUAUACACUGGUUUUUGGCGUAAUGGCUGUUUAGAUGGGCUAGCUCAUAUCACAUUUUCAAAUGGUGACACAUAUGAGGGCUAUAUGCAAAAGGGACUAAGGCAUGGUUAUGGCGUGUUCCAUGCAUCUAAAGGUGAUCAAACGGAAAUAUACUUCGGUGGUUGGCAGGCAGGAAUGCGCUCAGGAUAUGGAGUUUCUACAAGCAAUAAAGAACGAUAUUUGGGUAUGUGGAAGAAUGAUUCAAGGCAUGGGAAGGGUACUUUGAUAGGCAUCGAAGGCGUAUAUCAGGAGGGACAGUUCGACAGCAACCGUUUAGUGCGUGGUCGUUUGAUGCUGUCGGCAGCGGACGGUUAUUCCGGAGUAGCUUUCGAAGGCGAUUUCGAGAAGGCUGGUAUUGCUUGUGGGAAGGGAACGCUUUAUCUGAAUCAGUUUGAUCGUGUAGAAGGGCGGAUGACAGGUGACAUUAUCAAUGGUGAAGUGAAGAUCAACAAUGCCACUUACUGGAGGGAAAAGCCUGUGCUGCUGACAUCUUUUUCGUUAGACAAUGAUGUCCCACCAACAGAAAUUCAGUGGACAACUGAUGCAGAGCUGAAAUGGAAGGAGCUUUUCCAAAGUUUCUUAGUAUAUGAUCUGGGUAUUCCAGUCCAUAUAGCAAAUGCUGCUGAUGUUAGCGAAGUUGCUGACGAUGCAUGUCGUGUUGCCGUAUGGAAUUCUCUUGCAUCGAGUAUGGUGAAGAUUCGUUUAGGAAUGAAUAAAGAAGAAAUUAAAAUUACAUUCGAUGAGAAUCUUGAAAAGAUUCCACAAUACACACUGCAAUGGUCGAAUAAAUAUUACGAGAUGGUGCAACAGUAUUGGAAUUUGGCCUUGAGGCAUAAAUAUCACCCACUUCGGCGAUUGGUAUUUGGUUUAUUUGAAGUUUUCACAGGUUCUUAUGGUGCAUUUGGUACUCAUCGAGCUGUAUGUAGACAAGCCGUUUGCGAACUGCGCAGUAUACAUUCUAGAAUUUAUUCUGUUAUGAGAUUGCUAUUUAGCAAUUUACCUCGUACAUUUGAAAUGUUUGCUCCUAUACCAUGUAUAGAUAAUAAUCUGGGAUCCGAAAAUAUUGACCCUGAUUCACAAUUAGCUGAGGACAAAAGUAUAACCAAACGAAGUGAGGAAGUGAUGAGCUUCAGGAUAUCUCUUUUAUACCCUUCAUGCAAUUUUAUUGUUGAAACACUCUUCUCUGAGUGUUAUGCCGUGAUUUUCACACUUUAUUCAGUAAAUUGUGCUGAUUUGGAUCGACGAUACUGGGAACGAGUGAUUUAUUUGAAUGCCUUCACUGAUGUGAAAUUACUUGCCUAUCUUGAAUUAAAUCGGGAUCUCUGGCCGGUUAAUACUGAAAAUGUCGAUGAUCUCGAUAUGUCAUUGAUUCGCACAACUGCUCGUAAGAAAUUCUAUAAGUCAGCUAUUCAAGCGCUGCAGAAAAUUAGUUCACAUUCCAACCCUAUGUCAAAACUUGCUGCGUUGGCAGAUACGUUCAUGGAAAUCGGAAUGUGUGUGUCACAGUUCGCACCUGCUGGUAAUAGCCAUGUUUGGACUACAGACGAUCUUCUUCCAGCAUUCGUGUACGUGACUGUACGUGCUCAGCUGCAACAUUUAGGUGCCGAAAUUCGUCUUAUCGAAGAUUUUACACCACAACUGCAGGGUAGUGGACAAAUUGAACUUAUGUUCACCACCCUUAGAGCUAGUUACCUUCAAAUUUGUAGCGAUAAAAAUUCACCCUGAAACGUUUUUUUCUCUUGAAAUCUUGAAUGCCUUAGAAGGAACGAGAAGUUCGUCAAUAAUGUGAUAAUAACAUUUGGUAAAGGCUGCUUGAGCUCUAAUUCAAAUAAAAUCCUUGCACUUAAUAUCACUCUCAACUCUAUCCUGCUACAAGC